CCCAACCGAGUCGUCCCGCAUCAGACGGACCCUUCCCAUUCCCCGUUCCCCACCGCCACCUAAACCCUAGCUGCGAGCGAUGGCCCGCAAGCGCCGUGCGCCGCCGCCGCCGCCGCCGCCGCCUCCUCCGCCGCCGCAGGAGGAGUCGUCCUCCGAGGAAUCUGGCUCCGAAGAGUUGGAGGAGACUCCUCGCCUCCCCGCGCACCGUAGGUCCGCGCAGGCCGCGGCCAACAACGCCGACUCGUCGGAGGCGGGUUCGGAAUCCGACACCGAUGUCCAAGCGUUCCAGAUGCGGCAGGUGCCCCGCUCCUCCACCAAGCAUUCGCACCCGGCGCCCCAGCCGGAAUCCGGUGGCGAAGAGGAGGAGGAGGGCGAGUCGUCGGAGUCGGAGCCCGAGAACCCGGUGCCUGUGGUUCAGAAGAAGAGGCCCGCCUCGGAUCCUGCUCCUACCGGGAAGGCGAAAAGGGCCAAGGCCGGGGAGGAGAAGGCUGUGGCGGGGGCUGAGGCUUCCCCUCCUCCUGCUAAGGCGAAGAAGGGCAAGGCCGAGCUAGAGAAGCCGGCGCCUGAGGCCAGUCCAGCAGGAAAGGCAAAGAAGGGCAAAGCUGAGCUAGAGAAACCGGCGCCUGAUGCCAGUCCAGCAGGAAAGGCGAAGAAGGGCAAGGCAGAGAAGGCAGCUCCUGAGGCCACACCCACAGGCCUUGUGCGCUGGGGGAAAGAUGAUGAGAAGAAGAUCUUGGAGGCCCUUGCGGCGCAUGUCAAGAGUGAGGGCGUGCUGCCAAAGACUGAUUUACUUCUUGCUAGUGUUCGUGACCGCCUUGUCAGGAAGAGCUGCACCUACUCAGAUAUCUAUGAGAAGGUGCGAAGGCUAAAGGACCGGUACGAGAAAGCAGUGAGCACGGGCAUUGUGCCAAGUACACCAGAUGGACUCCAGAUGUAUAAUCUCUCAGAAGAAGUCUGGGGAGAGAAAGCAAGGGAGGCUGCUGCUGCUGUUACGUCUCAGAAGGGUGGUGCUGUUACAAAGGGUAAGAAGGGGCAGGCUAACAAAGAGAAGAUGGAUGGAAAUGCAAAGGGCGGUGUGGCAAAGGAGGCUGCCCCCAGUACUGCCAAUCAAUGUGGUGAUUCUCAGCAAGGAAGUAAGAAGGGGCAGCCCAGGUUGUCAGAGGAGGCUACCACCACUGCCUACCCAAGGAAGAGUAAGAAGCAGGAAAGUCACAAUGAGGAAUUGAACAAAGAUGGUGGUCAUCUGGCCAAGGGCAAGAAGGGGAAAACUGACAAAGGGAAGAUGGACAGAGAUACAGACAGUGUGACACCAGAGGAAACCAUAAAUGCAAAUCAGAAUGGUGGCACUCUGAUUAGGGAUAAGGAAGGAGAAAUAAAGGACCAGGAAACAGAAGGAGAUGCUAAUGUGCAAGGUGUGCGCAGAGGUUUUGAUGAACUGCAGAAGUUGUAUUCCAACCUUGCUGUUUAUGUGGAGGAGAUUGAGGCCCAUCAUCCAUGUGGGGAGACUCUGAAGAGAGCAUUUGGAUCCAUUGCUGAUGAGAGGGCAGAAGGUCUGGAAUCCAAGAUCAAGAAGCAAAGAGUAGCAGAGGCGAAGGCGAAGGUCCGUCAAGGGGACAUAAAGAAGGAGGUUCUUAAUUUGUUGCUCAGCUUAGUGGACUAAGCCUUUCUGGAUUAAUGUGAUGGCGGAUAGAAGAUUCAAUCUACAAAAGGCGAUUUGUUUUGAAUUUAUGGGUGAGAUGCGAGCAGUGGGCAUCUUUUGCAAUUUCAUGGGGGCGAGGAUUAGUGUCUUCUAAGCUACUUAAGCUGUCGAUCCUGCUAAUCCAUUUGAGCUAGUAUUUGACUUGAGCAUGUGUACUUAAUGGGGUGCUAAAUUCUUGGAAUUUCCUUUUAUUGAGUUUUAACUUGAAGUAUCUAUGUUAGAUCCAGCACUCCAGUUAGUGAUGCAAGUAGUUUUGUUCUGUUACUGUUCACUAGUAGAAUUUUCUGUUUUUAGUGCAGUUUUGGAUCAGUUAUCUGGGUACUGUGGUUUGUGGCUGGAGUCACAACUGAGAACUGAAUAUGCGUCAGGAGUUUUCAAACCAGUUUGCUUGAAUAGAUCUGCGGUUGAUUGCCAUGCAAAUCUGGUUGGUCGAUAUUCUA